AUGUUCACAACCCGCCUCUUCACCUGCGGUCUCCGCACCCCGCUCUUCGCCGCCGGCUUGGGCGUCUCCAGCGCCCUAGUCUUCACACCUCUUCUCCAAAACUACCGACAACCCAUCCGACUAGACUCGUCGCCCAGCAAUGUCUCGCCAAAGGAUUGGUCAUUCUCGCAAUAUGCGACGGAUGCCCGAACACCCAUAGUCACAUCCCAGGGACGCUUCAACGCGCGGGCUGUGAGGCAAUUGAGCGCGGGGAGCAUUAUAGGACUCGUCGCCGGCCUAGGUGUCUCCCUCUUCUCCAAACCCCUCGCCCUCCUCAUCGGCCUCCUCAUCGCAGGCGUCCAAACCGCCGAAAGCUACGGAAUCCACCUCGUGCCCUACAAAACGAUCCAAGGAUACGUGAGAGGAGUGGAUCUGAGAAGUGCGGUGCAGGACAACAUUGCUUUCAAGGUGAGCUUUGGACUUAUGUUCGCGCUGAGCGCGUUUGCGGAGUUGCCGCAAUGA